AUGGCGACCGCAGCCCAGGUCGCCGCCACAUUCCUCUCGUUCCUCUCCUCCUCCUCCACUCACCACCCCGCUCCCUCCUCCUCCGUCUCCCUCGGGACAAACCCUGUCCUACUCGUCUCCCUUCGGGCCGCUGUCACAGGUGGCCCACGGCUCGCCUCCCGCCUCCGGGGCCGCCGCGUCGGAGCCGCCGUCGCCCAGCUCCCCACCGCGCAUCCGGAGGUAGCUUCUGGGGAGAAGAAGAUCAGAUGGUCAUCAAGGGCAGUGCGGUCUUUUGCGAUGGCGGAGCUGGAGGCCCGGAAGAUGAGGUACCCUACCACAGGCACCGAGGGGCUCCUCAUGGGCAUUCUUGUUGAAGGAACUAGUGGUGCAGCAAAACUUUUGCGUGCUAAUGGAAUCACACUUCUCAAAGUGCGUGAGGAGGCAGCGAAUGUGCUUGGGAAAUCAGAAAUGUUUUACUUUAGUCCCAUGCAUCCACCAUUGACAGAAGCUGCACAACGAGCCCUUGAUUGGGCUGUCAAUGAAAAACUGAAAUCAGGUGAGGACGGAGAAGUAACUGCCAAUCAUUUGCUACUGGGGAUAUGGUCAGAUAAAGAGUCAGCUGGUCAUAAAAUCCUGGAAUCGCUUGGAUUUGACGAUGAGAAAGCCAGUUUACUGGCCAAACCGGCUGAUCAGGAGGCUGCAAUGAGUCCUAGAUAG